AAUUUUAAGUCUCUCUCUCUCUCUCUCUCUCUCUCUCUCCCCCCCAGCUUCUUAAAUCUCACAGCAUUCUUCAUAUUCAUUCAAUUCUUGAUUAAAACUCGAAUCUUUAGGGUUUGUUGUGUGUACACAGACAAUCUAAUGGCACCCACACCCAAAUCUCACAUAAUCUCAACAUUAACAGGCUCAUCAAAAUCAAAUCAGACCCAUGUUCAUUCUCACUCGAAAACCCCCAAUUCCAAGCACAGAUUGAAUUUCAACCAAACAAAGCCCCCACAAAACCCCAAAGAAACCCCCCCAAUUGAUCACCCAGUUGAGGUAAUUGGGAGAAUUAGGGAUCACCCAGAUCAGAAAGAAAAACCCAAUUCAGCAUUGGUGAUUGGUUCCGAAAGCCAUUCUGUUCGGGUUCGAACUGAUAUUGGAUACCGGGAUUUUACCCUUGAUGGGGUUUCUUUAUCUGAGGAGGAAGAUCUUGAUGUGUUUUAUAAAAAAUUUGUCAAGUCUAGGAUUAAUGGGGUGAAAUUGGGGGAUAAGUGUACUGUUAUGAUGUAUGGGCCUACGGGUUCGGGGAAGAGUCAUACCAUGUUUGGGAGUGUGAAGCAGCAGGGGAUUGUUUAUAAGGCUUUGAGGGAUAUUUUGGGUGGUGCUGGGGAUGAGGAGAAUGAUGAGGAGAAAGUUGGGUUUGGGACUUUUGUGCAAGUUACAGUUUUGGAGAUCUAUAAUGAAGAGAUUUAUGAUUUGUUGUCGACUAAUGGAGGUGGCGGUGGAGGGUUUUCUAUAGGCUGGUCGAAAAACAAUGCUUCUAAGGUGAAACUGGAAGUGAUGGGUAAGAAAGCAAAAAAUGCAACUUUCAUAUCUGGAAAUGAAGCUGGAAAGAUAUCAAAGGAAAUUCAGAAAGUAGAGAAGCGCCGGAUAAUUAAAAGCACCCUCUGUAAUGAAAGAAGCUCUCGGAGCCAUUGCAUGAUCAUUCUAGAUGUUCCUACAGUGGGAGGCCGUCUUAUGCUUGUCGACAUGGCUGGUUCUGAAAAUAUUGAACAGGCUGGUCAGACUGGAAUGGAAGCGAAGAUGCAGACUGCCAAAAUUAACCAGGGAAAUAUAGCCUUGAAGCGAGUCGUUGAGUCCAUUGCUAAUGGUGAUUCACACGUCCCAUUUAGGGAUAGCAAGCUGACGAUGCUUCUCCAGGAUUCGUUUGAGGAUGACAAGUCGAAAAUUCUUAUGAUAUUGUGCGCAAGUCCAGAUCCCAAAGAUAUGCAUAAGACCAUAUCCACUCUGGAAUAUGGUGCUAAAGCCAAAUGCAUUAUAAGGGGCCCUCAUACGCCAAUCAAGGAAAAACUAGCUGAAGAUUCUUCAUCAGCGGUUAUUUUGGGAUCGAGGAUUGCAGCUAUGGACGAGUUUAUAUACAAGCUACAAAUGGAAAACAAGCAGAGAGAGCGAGAGCGGAAUGAAGCCCAGAAAGAGCUUAUGAAGAAAGAAGAAGAGAUUUCUGCCCUGAGGUCUAAACUUGCUGUUGUUGGAGACAAGAAAUCAGGAAUAAAUGAAGAGGAAAUCAACAUGAAGGUUAAUGAGCGGACUCAGAUGCUCAAGUCUGAAUUGGAUAAGAAGAUGCAAGAAUGCCAGAAAAUGGCUGAGGCAUUAGUUGAGAUGGAAAGAAGGAAAAUGGAAGAAAGGAUUUCGCAACAGCACGAGGAACUUGAACUAUUGAGACAGCGUUUGAAGGCGUUUGAGUCACAGUUGGACAAUCCGAGGGACAGAAGCAGGUCAUCAACAGAUACUGAUGGAAGCAACUUUGCAAAAAAAUUGUUGUCAAUGUAUGCUGAUGAAGAUCCUGGGAUGGAGAAAUCAAUGGAUUUGGAUAAAUCAAUGGAUCUAGACAUGGGAAAACGAGAUGGGGUGCUUCAGAAAGCAGACAAUAGUUGUAUCCAGACCAUCUUGGGUUAUCCACAUGUAAAAGAUUACAGUGAAGAAGAUGAUCAAGAUUCACAUGCACUUAACUUCUCCAAGAAACCAUUUCUGAGCACUGUCUACGAGGAGGAUGAAGAAGAUGAGGAUGACAAAGAAAAACCUGUUGAUGAUGAAGUUAAGAAAGAGGUGAUUGAAGAAAAGAUUGUCCGUCCUGCAAGAACACCUUUGAGCAUCAGGGAUUUGGUGAAAGAAGAGGAUCAUGAUGAAUCUGUAAUUCCAUUUGACGGCUUGGACAAAUCUUCAAGGCUAGAGAGAAUACAGAACAUAUUCACACUUUGUGGCAAUUAUAGAGAGCUGUAUCAGCACAGCAGUACUCCAUAUCCUACCAAAAACAGUGGUGCCAACUCUCCAUCAUCAUCUCCAGUAAAGAAAGUUGCAAACGUUCCUGCAGUUAACCUAUUCUCUGCCGAUCUGGUGGCAUCUGGAAAGAAGCAGAAUGCAACAGAGAAGAUUACUGAAGAGAAUUUUCUAGACAAGGAGAACUGCAACCCAUUAGUCACACCAUUGUGAGUUCGGGGGUGGUAAAACAAAUUUAUUAAUUCUGUUUGCAAGUCUAGUAAGGAAAAUAUGAUGAUUUUCCUAUUAAGUUUGUAGAGAAAGUUUAGUAAGUUCUAUGCAUUGCAAAACUACAAAUUGUGAUAUCUGUGGUAACAUUAUUAUAUGUACGAAAAACAAUUUGGUUG